ACCAGUGCCCACUAGAUCGACCGGCACUAGCAGCGAGCCGGCACCUUGGACCCCAUCGGUAUCGGCGUAUCGCAAAAGCAGCAGAUGGCCUUCCCCUGGCCCAUAGGGCUGCUCCCCGUUCCGGGCCCCUGGGUGGAGUGGCAGCGCGGUCGGUUUACCUCUUGCGUGGCUCCCUGACGAUGAACAGUCCCGAUCUGUGCCCUUUGAUGUCAGCGCCGUGCUGACUCUCGCGGACAAUGGGACCGAGGAAGAACCCCGAAAAAAGGGUCCGUUUUCUUUCUUCUGGUGGUGUUAAAUGGCGAGGACGCCGUCGAGUGCGGCAGUUCCGUGAAGAUCCUGGCGGACGGACACUCUGAAAAGACAACUCGGGCUUCUUUAUCACCAUGGUCAUCACAGCGGACAGCAGAGGUGCCGAGGGCCCUCACUCUGGUUCCAACGCAUGGGGUAGACCGCGUCUCCUGAUGUGCGCGUCGCCGGCGUCAGGUCACAGUACCCCCGUCAUCAAUCUGGCCUACCAUCUUGCUGAGCGCGGCUACAACAUCACCUUUAUCGCCGGAGAGCAAUUCGAGGCGACUAUCAACAAGCUCCCCGGAAAGGUGCGCUUCGUCAAAUGCCCGCCCUACUCUGCCUUUGGCGAUCCGGAAGCCAUGGCGGACCGUGAGGCCACACCAACUGGGACCGACCGUUUCAUCUGGGACAUGAAGCACCUCUUCGUGGCGACCAUCCCCGAGCGUUACGAGGUCUUUCGCAAGACGCUUGAGGAGCUCAAGGAGCAGGACCCCGAGGCAGAUGACCCUCUCGUCGUCACAGAGUCCUUCUUCAUGGGUUCCUUGCCCAUGUACCUCGGUGGUCCCCUGCCCAAGGGGUACACCAAGCGUCCUCGCGUCGUCAAUAUCCACGCGGUGCUGUACAUGGCACGCACCGAGUACAGCGCCCCCUGCGGGAUGGCCCUGCCGAGGGACGCCUCGGACGAAGGCAGGGUAAAGAAUGUCCAGCUGCACGACGAGGCGGAGAAGACGCUCUGGGACCCCGUCAUCCAGUACCAGCAGGAAAUCCUGAACAACCUCGGGGCGCAGGGCUACGAGCCCACGAUCCCACUCCAUACUUGGAUGGUCGAGCACGACGUGACGCUGCAAAUGUGCUGUCCGUCACUCGACUACCCGCGUGGCGACCAGCAUCCCAAGAUCCGUAACGUUGGCGCGCUGCCGCCGCGACCUCUCAAGGCAGACUUUGCGUGCCCUCCGUUCUGGGACGAGGUCACGCGGGGCGACAGGAAGGUCAUCACCGUCACGCAGGGCACCGUUGCCUUGGAGUACGGCCAUCUCAUCAUGCCCACCAUCAGGGCCCUCGCCGACAGGGACGACAUACUCGUCGUGGCCAUCCUGGGCAGCAAGGGCGCCCAGCUCCCCGAGGGCGUUGCGGUGCCGGGGAAUGCGCGCGUGAUCGACGUCCUCAACUACGACGCCGUGCUACCACACUCGUCCGUGUUUGUGUUCAACGCCGGCUUUGGCGGGCUCACGCACGGCGGCAUCAACGGCGUACCAAUGGUGUUUGCGGGGGAUACCGAGGACAAGCCCGAGGUCGGUCUGCGGGGGGAGUGGGCAGGCGUGGGCAUCAACCUCAAGACGGGGCAGCCGUCGCCGGAGCAGAUUGGCGAGGCGGUGGACAGGAUACUGGCGGAUGACAGCUACAAGAGGAGGGUGAUGGAUGUCAAGGCAGAGAACGAGGCCAUGGACGCAAUGGAUGAGGUGGAAAAGGUGAUACUUGAGCAGGCUGCGCUUGCAUGAGUGUGAUUUGUGUCCAUAUGAGCGAGCGACUUAUGAUGAUUGUAUGAUAGACUACGUGGGCAUGGUAAUGGACUGUGUGGAGAUCAAGGGCCACGGAAGAAAAUUACAAGCUUCUCGGGCUUUUAUCUGCCGAAUCCUGCAUGCGGGGAGGAGGGCAACAACAUCUGGGAGACUUGGAUGAUCUGCAUUGAGCUCGCGUCGACACUUCAAUGUGACGCUCCCCGCAUCUCGUUGGAAUCAACCCGAGAGAGCGAUCAAGGGUUCCCGUGUCCUAGUUCUCACAUACCUUUUUAGGAGUACCCCAGUGUUCAUCAGUGGAGUUGUUCUGGCAUGGUG